GAGAGCAGUUAAGUUUAGCCUGGCAGCAACGAGACAGACCCCAUUCUCAGGACAAAUACUGAGGAAAAAUAAAACUUUUAGCAGUGCUGACUGACUAGCUAUCCAUGUUUGUGUUUUAAGGGGGAAUGAAUCUGUUUCCACUUGAAGUUGUUUGCUCCAUAACCGGUUUUGAGGAGGCGGUGAGGCGCGGCGACGGCGGCGGAUGGGAACACACAGCAACAGCAGCAGCAGCGCCAAACUCACAAUGCGCCCGGAGUGAACAGAGACAGGGAGACAAUACGGAUCCGCGGGCACACUGAGGAGCUGCAAUCUCUCUACUGGACUCUCUUUUUAAUUUCAAAUCCUGUUCCAGGGUGGCGCUUCCUCCUUCUACAUCUGAUUUUUGAUUGAUUGAAACAAAACUGACUGCGCUGCGAGGGCAAGUGGUUUGAUCUCCAAACUCAGCCAUGACGUCUCCAGCGAAAUUCCGAAAGGACAAGGAGAUAGUGGCCGAAUAUGAAACUCAAGUUAAAGAGAUCCGUGCCCAGCUAGUGGAGCAGCUCAAGUGUCUGGACCAGCAGUGUGAGCUGAGGGUGCAGCUGCUGCAAGACCUGCAGGACUUCUUCAGGAAGAAGGCCGAGAUCGAGGUGGACUACAGCCGCAACCUGGAGAAGCUGGCAGAGAGAUUUCUCACCAAGACUCGCAGCACCAAGGACCAUCUACUAAAGAAGGAGCAGAGUAUUUUAUCCCCUGUGAACUGCUGGAACCUGCUGCUGCUUCAGGUGAAGAGGGAGAGCCGCGACCACGCCACUCUGUCCGACCUCUACCUCAACAACAUCAUCCCCCGCUUUGCACAGAUCAGCGAGGACACAGGACGCCUCUUUAAGAAGAGCAAAGAGGUCGGUGUACAGCUGCAAGAGGACCUGAUGAAAGUCCUAAAUGAACUUUACACGGUGAUGAAGACGUACCACAUGUACAACACAGACAGCAUCAAUGCUGAGUCCAAACUGAAGGAGGCGGAGAAGCAGGAGGAGAAGCAGAUGGGGCGCUCCGACCGCCAGACACCACGCUCCCCCGACACGUUGGCCAGCAUCAAGACGGACGAGAAGCCCGUGCGACGCUCCAGUGUCAAAAAGAUAGAGAAGAUGAAGGAGAAGAGACAAGCAAAGUACACAGAAAACAGACUGAAGGCCAUUAAAGCCAGGAAUGAGUACCUGCUCGCUCUGGAGGCUACCAACAGCUGUGUCUUCAAAUAUUACAUCCAUGACCUCUCUGACAUCAUUGAUUGCUGUGAUCUAGGCUACCAUGCCAGCCUGCACCGUGCCCUGAGGACCUACCUGUCUGCAGAGCAAAAUGUGGAGGCAUCCAAACACUCUGGCCUGGAGACACUGGAGGGAGCCGCAGAGAGUCUUGAGCCCAACGGGGACAAACAGAAGCUGAUGGAGACCUACAAUAACGUCUUCUGCCCUCCAGCUCGCUUUGACUUUCAGUCCCACAUGGGAGACACGAUGGGUGUGAUGUGUGCACAAGAGCCGGUGGAAGUCGAGCUACUCCAGAGAUGUCAGCAGCUGCAGUCCCGCCUUUCCACACUCAAAAUUGAGAAUGAAGAGGUGAAGAAGACCAUGGAGGCCACUCUGUCCACCAUCCAGGACAUGGUGACGGUUGAAGACUACGACGUCUCAGAUUGCUUCCAUCACAGCAACAGCAUGGAGUCCGUCAAGUCCACCUUCAGCGAAUCAUAUCUCAGUAAACCCAGCCUGGCCAAACGACGAGCCAAUCAGCAGGAGACAGAGCAGUUUUACUUUACGAAGCUGAAGGAGUUUCUGGAAGGCAGGAACUUGAUCACGAAACUGGAGGCCAAGCAUGACUUGAUCAAGAAGACACUGGGAGAAAGUCAGAAGACUGACUGUUGCCUUGCCAGUGGACGGAGGAACUCUUCAGUACGGAAGCAGGACUCGGGUGAAGCCAUUCCUUUGAUGGUGGAGAGCUGCAUCCGCUUUAUCAGUCGCCAUGGUUUGCAGCAUGAGGGCAUUUUCAGAGUUUCAGGCUCUCAGGUUGAAGUCAAUGACAUCAAAAAUGCUUUUGAGAGAGGUGAGGACCCGCUGGCAGGGGACCAGAAUGACCAUGACAUGGACUCCAUCGCUGGCGUCCUAAAGCUCUACUUUAGAGGACUGGACCAAGCCCUUUUCCCUAAGGAAGUGUUCCAUGAUCUCAUAUCCUGUGUCUCGAUGGAGAGUCUGCAGGAGCGAGCAGUCCACAUCAAGAAAGGUCUGCAAUCCCUGCCGAGCAAAACACUCAUUGUUAUGAGAUACCUGUUUGCUUUCCUCAAUCAUCUGUCUCAGUACAGCGAGGAGAACAUGAUGGACCCCUACAACCUAGCCAUCUGCUUCGGCCCCACCCUGAUGUCUGUCCCUGAGGGCCAUGACCAGGUCUCCUGCCAGGCCCACGUCAACGAGCUCAUUAAAACCAUCAUCAUCCACCAUGACACCAUCUUCCCUGGACCGCAGGACCUGCAGGGCCCCAUCUACACAAUCCCUGGCGCUGGAGAUGACUUCUGUGACAGCCCACACUGUGAGCCCCCCCUAGUGGAAGAGCCUGCACCUGACACCAUCUCUGUCCGCAACAACAGUGAAGAUGGCUCCUUGGCUGUUUCAGAGUCCGAUCCCAUCGAAGCCAUUGCUCGGUUCGACUACUCUGGCCGGACUCCUCGAGAGCUUUCAUUCAAGAAGGGGGCUUCUCUGCUUCUGUACCAGAGAGCCUCUGAUGACUGGUGGGAAGGACGACACAAUGGAGUGGAUGGACUUGUGCCACAUCAGUACAUCGUGGUCCAAGACAUGUCUGACGGAGGAAGGGGAAGUCCAAAGCCUGAUAUGGACAGCAGGGACCUGCUGGAGGAGAGGGUGGCGACAAGAGGCAGUGCUGCUUCACCUACUGGAGCUCAUGUGGCUGACAUCUACCUGGCCAACCUGAACAAGUUGAGGAAACGUCCCGAGUCCAGCGGCAUCAGAAGAACUUUCCGUGGUUCUGAGAGCGAGAGCACCAGUCCGGGAACCAGCGCAGGAGGAAGUGGAGGUGUGAGAACAGCCUCUCUCCCUGUUGGAGGGGCUCUGGUUAAAGAAACAGGAGACAAACGGCCUGUAAGUGCUCACAGCAUCCUCAACUCAGUCACCCGCCAUUCCUCUCUAAAGACCAAGGUGGAGAGUCCACAGUUACGCAAAACAACUACAGCAGGGCGCUCUAAGAGCUUCAGCAACCACAGACCCCUAGACCCUGAGGUCUUCUCUCAGGUGGAGCAGAGCUCACAGGACAUGGAGGCUACUGGGCUGAGUGAGAUCAGCAAGCUGGAGAGACAGGGCACCUCCAAACACACGCACACCCCUGACGUGGUCUUGGACACACUGGAGCAGCUGAAAAGCGUGGGUGGAGGAGGAGCAUCAGAGCCCUCCAGCCCGCUCCACUCCCGUCUGCUGAGGGACGGCGAAGGAGGCCCCUCGCAUGCCCAUCCGCUUCAACGCAGCGCUUCCUCUGCCAGCGACGUGCCUUCCUCCUUCCGCCAAUCAAAGAGCCAGCCGCGGAGCCCCCUGCCCUCUGCCACCUCCCCGUCCCUCUCCUCCUCCUCCCUGUCCUCCUCUGUACCUUCCUUUAGAGAGCUUCGACCCCCAGCAACAAGGCCCAAGCCGGUGGUGUUCCCAAAAGGUGGAGGAGGAAGCGGGAGCCCAGCUAUGGGUUCCCCAACCUCCACGGUUCCCCCUACACCUCCCCCUCCUCCUGCAGGCCACACACACUCUCUCCCUCACACCCCUCCACCUCCACCUCCACCCCAAUCUAAUGACAAAUCCUGCCCUGCUUAGGACCUCUAAUUCUGAUCUGAAAGUUACAAACACUUCGAUUCUUACAGCUCUUUUAUCAGGUGCAGAAAGCACUUCUUUUCUUUCUAACCCACUACUCAUGUGUAGCAUUCACUUCUUCAUUUCCAGGAGGGGUCCUAAAGAUUCCCUCUCCCUUCAGACUGUCAAGAGUUACUUCUGCCCUCUCCUGGCAGCUCUGCUAUUACAUGUAAACUAUCAGAGGGUGUAGAUCAGUGGAAACACCCUUCAAAGACUUGUUCUUUGCCACCACAGAGAUUCCAGGCAUCCCUGGAUUUUCCAGUCUUUCGCAAGGGAACAGAACUUGGGAUGAACACUUAAGAGAAAAACAACUUACAUUCACUUGAUUGUGAUGUUUGAAAUUGUAUUUGAGUGGGCGUGCAAGUGUUACCUGCCUUUACACACAGAUCUAAAUGAGGAACAAAAAGCACUGUUUGAUUUUUGUAUAGUAGACAUGACAGGUUUUCUUUUUUCUUUCUUUACUUUUUAAUGACCCAUGACUAGCGGACUGGAAGAAAGGAGCGUUUGAUUCCUUGACAAUAGACUGUGAAAUGCUAAGCUCUCACUCUGUGUAGAAAUGAAACUCACUGACUUGCUGCUUCAGAAGUGGAAUAGGAUGGGAGAUAAAGGUGGACUUGUGGGAUGAUGAAAGGAAAGAAAACUGGGCCAAAUAUCAGUGUAAGUCGUGAUCAAGAGCUUUAUUUUUCUCUCUUCUUCCAGUGUUUGAUAUGUUGGUGUUUUUUUAAUUUUUAAAUAUUGCUGUUCAGUACUAGCACCACAACAGGAGCAUAGCAGGAAAGUUCUCCAACACCUAACAAUGCUGACAGUCAUUUUAAAUCCAAAAAUAGCAAUAAAAAUAAUAAUAAAGGCUGAUAGUUUAAGGCAUUAGGCUGCUUCUCUCCUGCAGCUCUAUUACGUAUGUAGAGGACCACUGAAACCCAGCAUUUUUACGCUGGACUCUACUCACACAUACACAAACGUCUCCUCCAAAUGUAUGUGUGAUGGUGUUUUGUGGCAGCUAAACGCCGUUCAGGUUUUCCUUGCAUGCUGGGGCCAUAGACAGCAGCUAAAAUGGCAAGCUUGCUGGUUGCAACAGUGUCUAUAUCUGCAGUAUAACAAAAAAAGAACAUCAAAAAGCUUGCUCCUUUAACUAUACUCUUCAGACUUAACAGAAAAAAGGGUUUUAUUAUUCUAAUGGUGUGUAUGUAUGUGUAAUAAUCAUAAUGAUAACUGGAAGCAUGGAGCUGGAGAUCCUCCAGAGUGUGUUUAAAUAGAAGCACAACCAACCACCUCAUCCAAUGCGUUCUUAAGCAAAGUUUGCUUUUAUUUUUUGUAGUGGUUUAUCAAUACUCAGCAUCCUUAAUGGUUAAAUGUCAAACUGUGUAGCUGUCGGGGUGUGUUCAUGUGUGUGAGCAUGCGUGGAUGUUGAGUAUGUGCACAUUAACCCCGCCCUUUGCCACGCAUCAUAAUAAAGGGAUGCCACCCAACAGCAACAGUAAGGAGACAUACAGGAAACUUUGUACCAGCAGCUUUUGUGCUGAAUAAAUAUGCACUGUGUAAAUGUGAGCAGAUAAAAACACCUGCAGGGAUACGUGAAACGUCUCUUCUUUGGUCACUGCUGUAACAACACCAGUGGCAGACCAGCUUUAAGAAAAGGGGUGAGACGCUCAAAUCAAAGGACUUAAACUUUUGUCUUUCUAUGAAACGUUUCGCCAAAAUGUAUCUUUGCAAAAUUAAAUCUGAUGAUGAUUUUAGGAAUAUGUGAAAAGUUUUGCAAACACUGACACAUGCAGUUCAGGGUGAACUGAAUAAAGCCUUUUUUAAAAAUGUAUUUCUUGAGUAUUGAACUCAUUUUAUCCUCAUGUGGCCCUCUACCACGCUUUGCUCCUCCGCCCAGACAUAACAGCACAUACUGCAUUCCUUUAUGCUCUCUACCAGGUAAUGAAUCGUAAUGAUUAUAAAAUAAAUCUCUGUAUACUACCGUUUGUGUACUGCCUGGUGUAUUUGCGUUUGCUCUUACCUCAUUUUGACAACUGGAGGGAACACAUAGUAUACAGAUAUGCAGGGGGGUUGGUUGGUGUGUUUUGUUCUGAGGAGCUGGGACCCUCAAAAAUCUCAAAUCAAUCAUUGUGCACUUGACCAACUUGGCUUGGGUGUGGACUAACUGUGUGGGGAUGAUAUGUUGGAUUUGAAUAUUGUUAAAUAUGCAUUUUUGUGUCGAUUUGAAACAACAGCAGAACUAAAAAAAAGACUGUAAUGUCAAAUCUAUUUAUAGUUGUCUCUGUAUUACUGGAGAAUCCUGUGUUCAGAUGUACUUUGUAUAUACAAUGUUGUACAUUACAGAGGUACACUCUUUUUUUGGUACAAUAUUGUACAGUAAUAGCAAUAGUAGUUUAAUCAAAUAGGCCUUAUA